GCAUGGAGAAACGAACAAUCGCUUGCUAUCGGGUAAUACUGUAUAUGUAUUAUCUAUGUUCUGACAAUCUAAAAAGGUUAUGGUGACAAUUUCGCGGGAUAGAUAAACGCUAUGGUGAGAAUAUCCAUUGCUCGACUUGGAAUGUUAUGUCUGACUGUGGUUGCUAUGUACGCUAUUCAUAUGCUGUUCCAAUAUCUAGAAGCCAAUAAAGAUAGUCGUAAUAAUCAUUACCGAUACUCCAAAGAAGUUCAAGUUGCAAAACAAGGAGAAGAUCAAAGUAAUGAAGGAGAGUGGAAGAAGAAGAAGCUAGCAGUGAUUGUUCCAUUCAGAGAUCGCUUUGAAGAAUUGAUGGAAUUUGUUCCAUGGAUGAAUAAGUUUCUUAACAAACAGAAGAUACCUCACAGACUUAUUGUUGUUAAUCAGGUCGAUUUACACAGGUUUGUCGUUUUUGUGUAUGUGGGUACAUAUUUCCCCAAGAGGGUGAUAAAUACAAGUGCAACAUUUAAAGGUCCAUUCCAUCUUGCUUCACCAGAGUAUCAUCCAAUGUAUCACUACAAAACCUAUAUUGGGGGUGUACUUAUGAUGAAAAAUGAACACUUUUCCCUAUGCCGUGGAAUGUCCAACAAGUUUUGGGGCUGGGGAAGGGAAGAUGAUGAACUUUAUUUAAGAUUCAAAGACAACCAGUUAACGUUGUAUCGUCCCACAAAACUAACAACGGGAUACGAGACAUUUAAACAUAUUCAUAACAAAAAAAGAAGGCCACGAGAUUACAACAGAUAUGGGGAACAAAAGAAGGCCCAGUUUAAGAGGGACACGGAAACUGGUUUCGAUACGAUCGAAUACACAUUACAGUCUGAACGAACUUUAACAAUUGAUAAUGCACAGGUUAUAAUAUACAAUGUGUUACUUGCUUGCGACAAGCAAGUUACACCUUGGUGUGAUCAUGUUAAGUAAAAAUUUAUUUUUUAAUGUAUUUUUUUGGCAAGUGCAGUAUUUGUUUUGUUGCUUUUUGUUCAAUCACUGAAGGCUACAAUAUAAAAUAACAGAUUCAUGUUUAUCCUUGGAGUCUUGACAGUCUUGUCAAGAGUUAAACUACUUUAUAGUGCUUAGUUACAUGUAUUUUCUGUUAUAAAUACACCAUAUGUAGUAGCAAAGCCAGAAAAAGGUAUGAACUUUGUCACAGUGCUUUACAAUAAUGGUCUUCACUGUUAAUGUUUCGUUAGCGGCAAGAUUUAUUUUGUUUUGGUGUACCGAAUAUAGCAACUAAAAUCGUUAAUUUAUCAA